CCUGAAGGUUCCUGGGACAUAGGGAUAGCAUGGAAUCCAAUGAAAUCCAGAGAAAAGCAGAAAUCUUCGGUUUUGCCUAUAGUGCAAGCUUCUGUCCUCAGCAAACCUUUUCCCAGAGCUUCUUAGAAAUAGUCAACUCCUGCCAGCAAAUGAUGAAAUGAGAAGGGAGUAGGAGGUUCAAGCAAAAGGCUUGUAUAAUAAGCAGCCUCUGAAGACUCAUAAAUUGACAAGACUUAGUGUUUUUGAGGAAUGUGGCAUGCCUUCAAAUCUGUUCAAACGCAGCAGCAUCUGUGCCUUGUUGACAUUGUGGAACUUAGAAAAAGAGAUCUGCUCUUAGGGGACAAUGCUAAGGGACGUUAUGAAGUCUUGGAGUGACAGCCAGUCAGAUCUUUACAGCAGUGACCAAGAAGAGGAGGAAGAGAUGAUUUUUGGUGAAAAUGAGGAUGAUUUGGAAGAGAUGAUGGAUUUAAGUGAUCUGCCUACCUCACUUUUUGCAUGUAGUGUACAUGAAACUGUGUUUGAGGUGCAAGAGCAGAAGGAGAGAUUUGAAGCACUUUUUACAAUCUAUGAUGACCAAGUUACAUUUCAGUUAUUUAAAAGCUUUAGAAGAGUCAGAAUAAAUUUCAGCAAACCUGAAGCAGCAGCAAGAGCCCGGAUAGAGCUUCAUGAGACCGACUUUGAUGGGAAGAAGCUGAAACUGUAUUUUGCACAGGUGCAGAUGUCCAGUGACCCAGGAGACAAAGCCUACCUGCUGCCCCCCCAGCCCGCCAAGCAGUUCCUGAUCUCCCCGCCCGCCUCCCCGCCCGUGGGCUGGAAGCAGGGGGAGGACGCCAUGCCUGUUAUAAACUAUGACUUACUCUGUGCCGUUUCCAAGCUGGGUCCCGGAGAGAAAUAUGAGCUUCACGCAGGGACCGAGUCUACUCCAAGUGUGGUGGUUCAUGUCUGCGAAAGUGAGACUGAAGAGGAAGAAGAAAUGAAAAAUCCCAAACAGAAAAUAGCCCCAACCCGGCGCCCAGAAGCACCUCCAACAGUUUGCAGUGAGCCCCCGGCCUUUGGCUGUGCGCUGUGAGGGCGGCCGACACAAGCAGUGACCUCCUGUGGCUUAGUGACGAAGGGUGGGUUUCUGCACCUGCGACUGGUGCAGGUCAGGAGGGUACAAGGGGGCUGGAGAUGCUGUGGCUUCCGCAGUCCUGUCCUGCUCUGGGAGCCAUGUACGUUAUACAUAGUACAGGUAACAGGAGAUUCUACUAGUGGUUGUCUUUCAUGUUCAGAAUUUUAGGUGAGAUUCUAAAAAGCACUUUACUUUGAAGAAUAGUACCCCAAUGUAGCAUCUCUGACAUAUUUUAAUAGUGGGAAAUUAGGCAGUUGGUUUUAUUUUUUCCAGCAAUGUUAACUUCUCUAAUAUGUAGCAUGGGGUACCAAAAACUGGAACUAUAUUCACCCAGUACAGUACCAUUUUAUGGAUUUAAAGAUAUAGUCUCUAGUUUAACAGUUCAGCGUGGGUAUUUUUGUACUGGUAUACUAGCUUCUAACAAAUAUAUUGAUCAAAUGUUAAAUGCUAUUCAGUAUAUACUAACAUUUUGCACGGCUAGAAAUCUAAUGUCUAGGAGAAUGGCCCAUUUCAAAGUAUUUUUUUCCUUCAACUUUUUGGAAAGAAAUGUCAAAUUCACAUUUAACGAAUGAAAACUUCGGCAUCUUUCCAUGUGCAUAUUGUCAUCCUUUACCCUUAACGGAGUCUGGAGGGAAGAGACCCCCCCCAGGCCCUCUUUCCCGAUGCACAGGCCCUCGGGGGGCCAGCUCCCUGGUGGCCCCUUUCAGAGCGGGACACCUGCCAGUAGGCACGAUUGACUGUGGGGUCAGAUGGCUAAUCGCGGAUGGCCACCUACACCUAACUGUGUUCCUGUCUGACAUGUUUUCUGUCAUAUUAACCGCUGGUCCUUGAGACUGUUCGUUGUUGUGUGUUUGCUCAUAUCUGCCCAUAAUCCAGAGAAAAGGAGAUGACUGAUAUUCUGAAAGUAGUUUACAAUCUGAAAACAAGUUCACAUACUCUCUGUUUUCUGUCUCUGAGCGGGAGAAGAGAAAUCAGCUGACUUCUCACCUGUGCAUCAUGGACGGAGCCGCCUGCUUGUGUUCACUCGUGCACAGUGUGGCUGCUCCAUCGUGCCCAGGAUCCUCCUAAGAGGGAGUACCUCUGAGUGUGCUCCCCAGAUGUUCUGGCACCUGUUCUAAUGAUAGUGAGAUAGGUUUCUGUGGGCUUCUGUUUCACUGCAAGGGUUUUGUUUUCUAAUCUCCCACGUGUCCCUGGUCCUUCCACAUUCUGAAAUCUUUAUUAAACACGUGUGCACACAUACAUUCAUAUAUGUGCUUCUGGAAUUGAUCAUUACUACAUUCCAAUGUAAAUUUGGUGGAAGUUUGUGAUUAAUCAGCAACUUCUUGGAUUCUGAUCAGCAUUUGGCAGUUUAUUUGGCAACCAGUUAAUGAAGUCACUUUAUAAAUCUAAGAGUUUACAGUUCCUGUUUACAGUUCCAGUUAUUGCUCUUACCCAGUAGGCACCAGUUUAGAGCUGCAAAAUGAGUCUUCUAAGGAAGGAAACAACAUGUGUUUUAAAUCUGCUUAAGAUCAUUUUCAGAUUCUGCACUAAUAGCCAUACAUUAUCAUAAUUUUCCCAAUGGCCCCGAUCCAUGUAAUCAAUACAAUUGUUGCUUUAAUUUUCAUUCCACCUUGUCCCUCACCUGCCAGUUUUAAUAUGUCCUAUCAAUGAGAUAUGAGACACUUUGUAUCUGUACAGUCCCAACUGCCCACUUUUCCUCCUUUUUUGAGAAUGUGGGAUGAAUCAAAAAAAAAAAACCUUUUAAAAAAAUGAAUUCUUUUUAAACAAACUACCAGCAAACUAUUGAAGGAAGGAGUCAAGAUGACCUACACUUGGAGAGGACAUUGAACCCAGAAUCCAGAGGCUGGAACCCAGUCCUAUUACAGAGAUCCCUUGUGUCUCCUGAAGAUGGCAUUUAACUUCCUGUUAAAUGAAAAAUGAAUGAAAAUUUUCUGUAAAAUGAAAAGCUUUCUGAGGUCCCUCCUAAUGCCUGUGUUCUGUGUUUUUUGUGAGGGUGGCACAUUGACAAUUCCAGGGCAUAUUUUUCAGGAGGCAAAUGUUUUAAGCAAAAAUUAUCCAUGCCUUUCAGUGUCUCACUUUUGGAAUCACUUUGUAACUUCUGCCUUUGGGGCAAUUAUACAUCCUGGUCACAUAACUCUCUUGAAAAAUGAGGAACUUUCCUAUGCACCACUUAAUAUUUUUUAACUAAAUUCCUUCAACAUUUUUAUUAUUGAAAUUGUGUUAUUGUAAAUCAAAUUAACGUUUGUACCCAAGUCUGAGUAACUUUAAUGACCAUGUUUUCUUUAGAGUUUAUAUAAAAAUCUCUAUAGCUUAGAGAAUUCUAGGAAAGAAAACAGUGCCUUGUGGGGAAAGGAGAGAGGGAAAGUGAUCGGUUUUAAUACAGAAACUGGAGUGACCAAAAAGGAAGCUACCCUUCCUGCCCCCUUUUGUUCAUUCACGGGUGGCAGGUGCUGUUAAGUUGGGCAGGAGCCACCCAGGGCUUCUGAGAAAGGAUAAAUGGCCUCUAAAUUGUGGGUGUUGAAGGAGUGUUUUGAAGGAGACAAUGUUGAGGUCUCCUGGCCCAGAGGCUUCAUAUCCCUUUGUCCUCCAGAGAUCUGCCUUGGCUCCUCUGUGCGUGGGCUCGUGCCAGCUGUGCCAUGGAGGCCUCUGAACAGCUGCUUCUCACAAUGCAUGCACUGCCAAAAAGUGCAGCAUGAAAUUACCUGAUUUUAAUCCAAAGAACCCUUGAAAACAGCUUCGUGCUUUAGAGGGGAGGGACGGGGUGAUCAAUGGGAAUCAUGAUAGAUAAUAAAGCAAGGACCUCUCUGGGACCAAGUAUGGGGGGCUUCCCAGCAUCCCUUGCCCCUCUUAAAUUGUGGCUGUAGUUGGAAGGUAUGCACUAGUGUACAAAAGCAGUAGGAAAUCUGAAAUCCAAAGCGAUCUCCUGGUGCUAUUGUUCACUUUCGCUUUUCUCUUAUUCUCGAGAGUUGUGCACCUUAUGCUGUGUAACAUGAAUUAAACUUCUGUGAACCGCUUUAUUUUCCCUGCUUUGUAUAGUCCCACCUGCUGGAAGCACGUGUUGCAUUUAAUUUUCUAGUACUGAAAAUUCAAAUUUAUAUUGGCCAUGACAAGGGAAGGGAGUGGAGAUCUGGCCAGCUAUUUGCUUCUUAUCUAGACCUGUGUAAUAAUAAACAUUCACCAAGCAGUCAAUGAAUGAUUGAAAAUAAGACUUAGAUUUGGCCCAUUGUUUAGUUAUGUUGACUCAAUAGUAUAAUUUCCUUUCUGCCAUAUUGUUUGCAAUGAAUUAGGCACUUUCUAUAAAUGCUGUUGUUUUGCUUAUUGAAGACAUGUUUUAGAUGCCCAGGAGACCUUUGUUAUAACCAGCAUAGGUUAAAGCCAACUGGAAGACAGUAAUCACUAGACUAAGUGAUCAAAAAAGGACUGGCACUUAGGUUGCUCAGAGUAGAAGCUAUCCCCCAGGAUUGGGAAGGCCCUUCCUCCUGAGCAAAGGACCCUUGGGUGAUAAAAACCACAACUUUCCUGACUCCCUGCUGACUUAGUCCCUUGGAAUUUGAGAUCUUCUGGGCCCGUAUCUCUCCUUCUGAAAUCAAAUGAGCUAAUAUUUAUAAAGUGCUUAGUAUAUAGUGCCUGACACACAAUAGGCACUAUAUAAAUGCUUAUUUCUUCCCCUUUCUCCCUUUCUUGAAGGAGAAUCCUGUUCCCAGUGAGUUCUUGUGCUCCUUGAAGGCUCUUUUCUUAAAUGUGCAUCCUCAUUAUAAUGAAAGGCCUGCCUGUUCACAUAGGUGGGGGUCUUCCCUAUUGUUUGACUCAUUUAAAGCCCUUGAUAACCAUGAUUUGGGAAUGAGACAAGGAUUAGAUAAAGGCAAUCAUCUUGUCAUUGGUGUGCCAUAUGAUUUCUCUAUUACUCUUCCUGUAGUUUUUCAAAACCAGAAAGAGUAUUUACAGGAUUUACUGAUGUCCAUUUCCACUGCUCAUCCUGUCCUAAGAUAGUCCCUGCAAGAAGAAAAGUCUCUUUAGACUGUUUUGCCCAACUUUUGCUUCAUUUCCCUACACAUGACCACCCCAAUCUCUUACUUCGUAUGUUGAGUAAUUGUUUUCCCUGAUUAUGGCUUUGAGCUUGUGUUCUGUUUUAGAGGCCCUCCUUCCCUUUAGGGUCCUGGGAUAUAUGUUGUAUGUCAUUAACUUUAAAAGACUAGUCAGUAAUCUGUACACACUGUCCAUAUUUUAGUGUCCUUGAGGUGAUGGUCUUAAUUGUAGUUAGUCUUGUGUGUUAUUAGCAAUUACUGAGCAUACUAUGCUGCAAGGACAGUUAAUAUACCUUGUGCU